CCGACCACGGCGCCUCCCGCCGCCGGACCGCGCGCUGGAGGAGCUGCCGGGCGAGUGCGUGGGCGACGUACGACUGGUGCGGCUGCUGGGCACGGGGCGCGGGCUGGGCGGCAGCACCGCGGUCUACGAGGGGCUCGGUCCCUCGGGGAGCCACGCCGUGAAGGUCAUCCAGAAGAGCAGCCUUCCGCAGCACGCUGGCGUGGUGCGCAGCAUUCUGGACGAGUGCCGCCUGCUGGGGCGGGUAGCAGGUUGCUCUGGCGUGCCCCGGCUGCACUCCCUGCUACAUGGCCAGCAGAGCAUCUACAUCCUGUACGAGCUCACAGAGGGUCAGAGCCUGGGCGAGCUGCUCCCGUGCAGUGCCAAGGGGGAUCAGUACGCGGAGAGGCAGGCAAUCUUCCGGACGGAGGAACCCCCUUCUGGCGCUGCCCGGCGCCUCGGGGCGCGCGGCCCGCUGCCCUUGGAGGAGGCCCGCGGGCUCUUCGCGCAGCUGGCGGGCGCCGUGGCGGCCUGCCACGGGGCGGGAGUGGGGCACCUGGACGUGAAGCCGGACAACCUGAUCGUGGACGCGGGGGGGGCCGCCAGGCUCGUGGACUUCGGGCAGGCCGUAGACCUCGCGCAGCAGCCGGCCGGCGGGUACGGGAGGCGGGGCACCAUGGCGUACGCCGCGCCCGAGGUGAUCGCCGCCGAGAGCGCCUACGACGCGGCAGCGGCGGACGUCUGGUCGCUGGGCGCCUCCCUGCUGGACAUGGUCGGGGGCCCCGGGGCGCUGCCGCGCGCGCUGGGCUGGGACCCCGGGCUGGUUGCCAACGCCCGCCCGGAGAGCGGCCCGGCCUUUGCGGCGGACGCCGAGGCCCUCCUCGCACGCGGGGGCCUGGGCCCCGCCCUGCCGGCCCUGCUGGGCGGCGCGGAGCCGCCGGGGCCGCUGCUGCAGCUGCUCGGGCGCGCCCUGGCGGUGGAGCCGCGCGGGCGCUGCUCGGCCGCGGAGGCGGCGCGCCUGUCGGCCAGCGCGGCGUGGCGGUAA